AUGCUCUUCAGCGAAGAUAGACGAAGUUUCUUUGAUCACAAAAUGGCUCGUCGACAAGAUCGUAAAGUGAUUAAAAUAGAAGCAGCUUAUGGUUCCGAUCGGCAAACAUUUGUUGUUAAACGUAAUUAUGAUUUACGUGUGCGUGAUGUUCAAGAAGAGGCAUCGAAAGUAUUUAAAAUGCCUCUGGAUCAAAUAAUUCUUUAUUGGAAGGGACGAAAUAUUUGUGAUACACCUAAUGAACUUUUAGAAGCAUUAGGAAUUGAAAAUAACCAUCAAAUGCGUGUUUGUCGAGCAGAUGAUCAAGCACAACAAAAUAGACGACGAGAAACACGUUCUUUUGCAACAUCUGAUCAGCAAUAUUCAUCAUCAAAUGAUCUUUUUCAACAACAACAACAGCAACAACAACAACAAUUUUAUCCUCAAUAUCAACAACAGCAGCAACAGCCCUAUCCGAAUUAUCCUCCAAUGUAUGAUCAACAGCAACAACAAUUUGGCGCUAAUCCACGUGCUAACUAUUACCAACAAUUGACAAAUCCAAAUGUAGCAACUCCUGUUGCUCCUACAUUUGUUCUUAAUUUACAAAUUGGUAUUGGUGAUCGAGUUGAAGGUCUGGCCAUUGGUCGACCACAUCCAAUAACAGUUUAUGAUUUACAAUUUGAAUUACAACAACGUUUUAAUACACCAAUUCUUGAUCAAAAUGUUACGUUUAAUGGAAUGCCUUUAACACAAUAUCCACCUGAUGCUCCACUUGAUUCACUUGGAGUUGUUAAUAAUUCAUUUAUUGCACUUUGGUAUAGAGGUCCAGGAUCCAAUAAUCAACAACAACAACAACAACAACAACAACAGCAACAACCACCACCACCACCAAAUGAAUAUUAUUCAGCAAGACAGCAACCACCACCAUCAUUUUAUGGUGAUGGAUCUCAGUCAACACGUGGCAGUGGAGGUCAAAAUGAUUUAUCGCCAGGACGUAUGGACAAUACUAACAGCAGCAAUGAUUCGAUGCAGAAUAGUAGCAAUCAGGACGUACUUAAAAUUGAAGUAUUUCAUGGCUCCGAUCGACAUGUGCUUAUUUUACGUAGUUCAAAUAAUCUACGUAUUACGGAUUUAAUGGAAGAAUUAGAACGUAUAACAACUGUUCCUGUUCAACGUCAAAAACUCUAUUUUCGUGGACGAGAAUUACAACAAAUGAAAGAUCGUACAUUACGUGAUGCUGGCAUUGAUAAUAAUGCUCAAGUGAGAUUAAUUGGUGAUCCAACUAAAACACGAUAUGAACCAAUGAUAACAGCAAAUCGAACAAAUUAA